AUGGAAAUAUCGGAAAACAGUCGUUGCAUAUAUAUUGUCAGUAAGAUAUUGGGUUUGGCCCCGUUUUCCGUAAAGAAAUCCGAAAAGGGCAACUAUGUCGUGGAGAAGAGUAUACCGUUUAUAAUUUAUGCAGCUGUAUUGGCAUCGGCAAUGGCUUUCCUAACAUAUCGGGGCCUACUAUUUGAUGCCAAUUCCAAAGCACCACUGAGACAAUCAUUUCGCAUGAAAUCUAUAACCUCAAAAGCCGUUACCUCAAUGGAUGUAUCCGUAAUUGUUAUGGCUGUAACAGCUGGAGUUCUGUGUGGUAUAUUUGGAUUUAGCUCUACCAGAGAAUUGAAUGUGCGUUUACAAAAAGUGGAUGCUUCCAUUAAUGGUGGCAGGAAACGGGAAACUCUUAAAGCCAUAGUAUUACUAAUGUUGCCGGUGCUUUCUAUAUCCACUUUGAUGUGGACCUUGAUUUUAACCGUCCAUGAUUCCUGGAUCAGUCCGAUGUGUGUAUUACUUUUAAGCUAUUGUUGCCAACCCACAACUUUGCAACCCAAAGAUUUCGAGCAUUCCUACUAUCGUGAACUCGCUGCCGCAAACUCUGACAAGGCCGCUGCUAUUUUUUUCGAUAUUUGGACAUGGUUAAGUUUUGCCGAAAAAGAAAACACCGAAGGUGAAAAUAUAGAUCUAAAUGCUUUGUGGUAUAUACCUUUUUAUGGACUGUAUUAUAUUUUGACAUGUCUGCAUGUGUCAUUUGCCAAUACUGCGUUGAGUUUGAGUAGACGUUUUAAAUCCUUAAACAUGACAUUAAAAAUGUCAUUUUUAACCACCGGAUUAAAUGAUGAACCAAAAAAGUCAAAUAUACCCCGAAUAACACCAGUAAUACCGACCAAAAGUAAUGAACCACCAUUGCAAAUAAGUUUUACAAAAAUUGCCUCUGAAAUGUAUCAGACACCAGAAAAGAAUAAAUCAUUGCUGCUGAAAUUAUUGGCGGAAUGCCACGAUUCGUUGGCAAAAUGUGUGGGCUUGGUAUCCAGUUCAUAUGGCAUGGCUGUUCUGUUUAUACUCCUCUCAUGUUUUCUCCAUCUGGUAGCCACUUCGUAUUUCCUAUUUAUGGAACUUUUGGAAAAGAAUAGCGGUGGAAUUAUAUGGCUGCAAGUCCUAUGGAUAACAUUUCAUGCAUCACGGCUGCUCUUGGUUGUGGAGCCAUGCCAUCGCAUAAGUGCCGAAUCAAGUAAAACCAUACAUAUCAUAUGUGAAAUUGAAAGGGGUAUCCAUGAUUCGAUUUUGGCAGAAGAGGUUAAAAAAUUCUGGCAACAACAGCUGGUUUUUAAGGAUCGUUUUUCGGCAUGCGGUCUUGUAAUGGUUGAUCGCAGUCUUUUAACAUCUAUUUUCUCAGCAAUUGCAACGUAUUUGGUUAUUAUCAUACAAUUCCAGAAAAGUGACGGCUAG